AACAACUAAAAUUUAUGUAGCCCCUAAAAAAUAUAAGAACUUUGUAAACUCUGAAUUAUUUUGUGUGUAAUCGUAAUCGCUGUUACUAUGGCGGCAGAUGUAGACAGUGAUGUUCCAGAUUGGGGAGCAGCAUUUACAUUUGGUAGAAGUCGAUUUGCUGAUAAUGUGGCUGGGAAAUUUUGGAUUAAAAAUGAUCCAAUUCUUCAAGUUGCUUGUGGAGAUGAACAUACUGCACUUUUGACUGCUUCAGGACGUUUAUUUACCUUCGGAAACAAUGAGUGGGGUCAACUUGGACAUGGGCAUACAAGAGGAAUUUCAAAACCAUCUUUUGUUAAAGCACUGAAAGGAGAGAGAGUUACAGUUGUAGCAUGUGGGCGAUCACAUACACUGGUUGCCACUGCUGGUGGUCAUGUUUAUGGGUUUGGAUCCAACAGUGAAGGCCAACUGGGGUCAGCUGAUGAGCAACCUGUUCAUUUGUCUCCUGUUCGAGUUCAGGGUUUAGAAGGAGUUACUAUAAAAAUGUUGAGUGGAGGGGCUGAACAUUCUCUGGCUUUGACUGAUAAAGGUUCAGUUUAUGUGUGGGGAAGUGGUGCUGAGGGACAAAUUGGUCCUGAAUGUGGAAACAUCUUAAUUCCCACUGAACUGAAUUUAGAUUGCAGUAUUCUGUGUAUAUCUGCAGGUUAUUAUCAUUCUGCAUUUGUUACAGUUGAUGGAAAACUGUAUACAUGUGGUGAAGGUGAAUCAGGAAAAUUAGGACUCCCUGAACAUACACUUAAGAAGAGCCCUCUUAGUGUUCAUUGUGUUCCUGCUUUUGACAGAAAAGUUGUAUGGGUUUCAUGUGGAGGAAAUCACACAAUAGCUCUGACAGCUGAUGGCAAAGCAUACAGUUUUGGAAAUGGUUAUGACGGGCAGCUAGGUUUAGGCUCUCGACUUCUGGAUGUUUCAACUCCUCAUCAAAUUGUUUUCCUAGAAAAUGUUAAAGUUGCUAGAGUUAGUUGUGGAGAAAACCAUUCUGCCUUUUUGACUGACAAAGGACAGCUCUAUACAUGUGGAAAUGGAAGACAUGGGAAAUUAGGUCUAUUUGGUAUUGAUGACAAUUCAACUCAGUUUGUGCCUACAUUAGUUACAAGAUUUAAUGGCUUUCAAGUGCAGCAAGUUGCUUGUGGUGGAUGUCAUACUCUUGUAUUGGCUGUUAAACUAGAGAAGGUUUUCAAUCCAAAUACUAGUCCUUCUCAGCCUGAAGAGAGCAGCUCAGCUAGAGAAAGAAGACGACAAAAAUGUGCAAAGUUCCCUACCUUACCACCAAUUACCAGUAAUAAAAAUGAAACUCUAUCUCCAGUUUUGAAAGCAGAGUAUCGACAGAAAGUUCCCACUUUAUCCAAAGGUGCUGUAUGGUAUGUACCUCUAAAUACAUCUUCUGAUCAGAAUGCAUCUGAUGAGGAAGAUGAAGUAUUGACUGGUAUGGAUCCUGAAUCUUUGCUCAAUGAAGUAGAAAGAGAUGAAAGUAUCAGGCAUGUAGACAGUGAUGUUGAUUCUGACAGUUCUGAAUGUUCUGAAUUGAACAGAACCCAUACUUUGAUAAGAAUAGACAACAUGAUAUUGAUUCGCCCGACAAUACCAGAUAUUAAUUCUUCAUCUAGUAAACAUGCCAAUGUACACGAAACUUCUAUGCCUAAAAAUGAAACAAAUACCACAGAUGAAGGCACAGUUGACUCUGAAGUAAUAUCUGAAGUUGAAAAUCUCAAUAUAAAAGAUUCAAAUGCUGUAACUCCUUUAUCUAAAGAACUCUCUUCAGAAGAAACACAAGUAAAAAGCCAUUUUUACGAUAAUGAGAUUUUAGAAACUAAAGCAGCCUCUAUUAGCUCAAAAGAAAGUAAGUCAUCAAAAGCUUGUGUGAUUCUAUGAACCUGUUCCUGAAAAUGCUUUUGGACAUGGAAAUUAAUUUACAGUUAGUUGUGUUUCAAUGAAGUGUGAAAAUGCUUUAAAAAAUAUUUUGCAUAAAUCUGAAAUGUUUGAAUUUUUGAAGCAUUGAAAUGCAAGCGUAUUUUUUUAUAACUUUUUAAAUUCUUAACUGUAUGCUGAUUUCAAAUUUCAUUUUAAAAGUGUUAUAGAUAUAUUAAGUAUUACAAUUUUAAUAUUUAAAUUUCAAAAGCAAUAUAUUACACCUUUUUUAAAAGUAUAGUUCAUUAAGAUUGAUUAAAACAUGUUUUGUA